AUGCAUAUAAUCGGAGAUACUAUAGAGAAUUCUGGGGCAUAUUUAGUACAAACAGGAUUAUAUAAACAGUCUGAUUGGAUAAUUUAUAUAGAAUCUUUGCAUAUUGGUUUAAAUAAUUUAAUUGGAUUUAGUUUUGUUGAAUUCCAAUCAUUUGGAACUUUAGAUAAGAUUACUCACUUGAUAAUCCUGAAAUUAAUUGAAUCAUUGGCAGAACCAGAAUUAAAAUAUUAUCAAAUUAUAUAUGAAGUAAAAAAUUACGUACGAGAGAAAAAACUUCCAAAACAUCUUCAAGAUAAACUUCUUACUUAUUACAAAUAUAGAUUUCAAGGCAACUUUUUUAAAAAGCAAGCUAUAUCAUAUACUCUUUCCAGUCACCUUAAGGAAGAAAUUAUGCUAUAUAGUAGUCGUGGUUUAUUAGAAACUGCACAAAUUUUUCAUAAUUUAUCAUCAAAACUACUUGGACAAUUGAUUUCGGUUUUAAAACCACUUAUUUAUAUGGAAACCGAUAUAAUUUAUAAAUGUCAUGACGAAGGUGAUUGCAUGUACUUCAUAGCUAGUGGAACAGUUGCACUAAUUACGUUUUGGGGUAAAGAAAUCUGCCAUCUUGAAAGUGGCAAUCAUUUUGGUGCAGAAGUUUUAAUUAAUUCUCAAAAACGAAGAACUGAAUCUGUUUUAGCUUUGGAAAUAUGUGAACUUUUGCGUUUACAUCGUCGAGAUUUUAAACGUGUUAUUCCUCACGGGUCUGAAUUAUAUACAAGAAUUAAAAAUGAUACAAUAAUAAGACAUAAGAUAAUCGAAGAAUUAGAAAAGCUGCAUAAUGAAACUGAAAAAGAAAAAAAUGAAUUAUAA